AUGGUAAGAGAAGAGUUGGUGGAGGUGUUGGAAGUGAGGCGGAAAAGCAAUGGGGUAAUUGUGGUGGUGAUGGUGUUUGGAAAGGUAAUAGUGAGGGUAAUAUCAGGAUAUGCUCCGCAACAAAGUAGGAAGGAAGAGGAGAAGGAUAGGUUUCAGGAUGAUGUUUCUGACGAGAUUGGGCAAGCGGGGUUGGAUGAGUUUGUGGUGUUGUUGGGUGAUUUGAAUGUCAUCUGGGGGCGGAUGCAGAUGGAUAUGAAGGUGUACAUGGGGGAUGGGGAUAUGGUAUACGGAAUGGUGGAGGGCGUAGAGUGUUGGAGUUGGCGGAUGCACAUAGCAUGGUGGUGGGGAAUACCUGGUUUACAAGGGAGCCUGCUCGAUUAA